CUAGACAAAUGCCAUUCGUUUCUAAUUAUAAACAAUUUGUCUAAAUUCCUUUAAAACAUCUUUAAUGUUAAUGUUUAUUAUGUGCAUUUAAUUAAGUUUGUGAUUAAAAAUACGCAAUGAAUAGUUAAGAUACAUAAUUACAGAUUUCAAGAAGGAUUUUGUUGAUAAUUUAGUACACUUCAAGUGAGGAAAGACUUCUUAUUGACAUAAUGUGUGCUAUUUGCACGUAAUUUUUACGAAUUUCAGUUAUUAAAUCUAUGUUAUUAAAUUUUCAUAAGAACUUAAUAAGCGUUAUUGACAUUUCAAGAAGAUCGUUAAUUUAUUGCGAGUAUACUUACUUGUAAUUUUGUGCAAUGUCUUUCUGCAAUAUUUAACAUCAACAAUUCUUUCAAGAAAAUUUGGAGAUUAACAUGUACUGAACUAUUCUGUGACAAAUUAUAAAGAAAUGUGAUAGUGCUGAAAUCUCGACUUUUUUAGGUGCGUUGGAACAUAGGUAGUGCUGCUGUUCAUCUCUUCAAGUAUAGGUAUCUCUAUGAUGUUUUCGUCAGGUCUUAGCUGCAAUCUAUCCUUUCCUAGUUGUCUGGGUUAUCCACAGGAUAACGAAGAAUUAAUACCAAAAAUGGCUAGAGAGCCAAUAAUUCUUAAUGUUUAUGAUAUGUAUUGGAUAAAUGAAUAUACUACUCCAAUUGGAUUGGGUGUAUUUCAUUCAGGAGUUGAAAUAUAUGGAACAGAAUAUGCAUAUGGAGGUCAUUCUAAACCAAUUUCUGGAAUUUUUGAAAUCACACCAAGAGUUGCCGAAGAAUUAGGGGAGCAAUUUAGAUAUAGGCAAUCAGUACACAUUGGAUAUACAGAUUUCACAGAAGAAGAUGUAACUAGGAUCGUUACUGAAUUAGGAAAAGAUUUUAGGGGUGAUCGUUACCAUUUAAUGAAUAAAAAUUGUAAUCAUUUUAGUAGUCAACUUACACUUAUUUUGUGUGGUCAAGAAAUACCGGGUUGGGUAAAUCGCCUUGCAUAUUUCAGUUCUUGUGUACCAUUCCUUCAACGUUGUCUACCAAAGGAAUGGCUAACGCCCGAUGCACUUCAACAUUCUCUGAAUCAAGUCAGCCAUGAAAGUACAUCCUCUGAAAGAGUUACACCAUUUAGAGAGUUUAUGCGCAAAGGAAGUUUAUCGUGACAGUAACUAUAUCGCCAAGACCAUGGAAUCCGAGAAACAAAACCGUCAAGAUGAGGUACAAAUUUCAUAUUGUACACUAGAAUUCCAGUGGUGAUUUAAUAAUACUGAAAAAAUGCCUUUCUUGCAACAUGUCGUCUUUUAAAUUCUGGACGGCAGUAUACAAUGUCGCGUGUGUUCUUUGUUGUAUCACACAAUCGAAAUUUAAUAGGUAUACACUUAAUAGAUAAUUACGUAUAAAACAAAGGCAUAAAGAGACUGGAACGUAUUCAUUUAUUAGUUAAUCACAUUAAUUUUUUAAGAAAUUUUUUGUAAAUUAGAUUUUAUACAUGUAAUAUCUUUCAUUUCAAAUCGUAUUUCAAAAUUAAUAUUUGUAAAACAUACAAUUCGUUCACAUUAUAUUUUAGUAUUACCCAGUGAUGUUUUUCUAAACAUUCAAUAACCUGGUUUACUUGGACAUUAUAAUUAUGUUAUGUAUACAUGCGACACCUCUCUGUACAGCUGCCAUUAAUAUUGUUAGGAAAUUUAAAUGAAGAAUGAAUGUAAUAUACAUAUAAUAUAUAUAUAUAUAUAUAUAUAUAUAUAUUAACAUUCAUAUAAAAUAAAUAAAUUACGAAUAACUUACUUUUCAUCUAUGAUUUAAUGAAAAUAUGUUUUGUGCAAAUACUUUUAUACGGAACAUAUUUAUAAUUUUAUAAUUAAAAUAUUGAGUCAACAGUUUUUCACUAUAUGGAUAUCACAUUCCACAAAGGUGAUUUUGAAUUUUGCACAAUAUAGAAUAAUAGAAUUAAUAUAAUGUUGUGAUUUUGGAAGAAUUCGCUAGAUCUAAAAUCUAAUGAGUUCUUUUUAAAUAUUCAUAACAUACAAAUCAUUACUAAUGUUGCUAAAACUGUUGUUGACACCAAGUUUAUAAUGUUAUAUGUUGAAAAAAAUGAAAAAUUCAUAAAGUUAUUCGAAUAUGAUAUAAAUACAAAAAAAUUCUGUUGAAUAUAUCAUAUUUGUAAAAUGUAACACAAAAAACAAGUAACAAUUAGUGCCAAUUCAAUGUUUUGUUAAUUCUGUUUUAAUGAUUAAUACUAGGAAGUGACAUGUUGCAUAAAAUUCAUAGAUGUUAUCAAUCAUAAAAUUAUUAUAUUUAAUGUUAACAUAUGAAUAUCUUUCAAUGAAUUAUUUAUAGAACAAUUUCGGAUAUAUAACAAUUAUAUCUAAUAUAAUAGUCAACAAAAAUAUUAAUUACUCUUUAUUUAUAUAAUUAUAUUAUAGAAAGCUUUUUUUUAAAUUAGAUUUAAAAUUAAUUUGGAUUAAUAGAAUUAUUUAAUACACUAAUUUACACGAAAUUACCAAAUUUAAAUUCGUGCGCUUCUGUACGACUUAUGUUUAAAAAAAAAUGUCUUCUUCAUAUACAUAUAUGUAUUAUAUUUUCAAAAAAAAGGUAUUAAAAAUAAUUAGUCAUCAUAAAUAUUUUAUAGACCAAAACAUGUUAUGUUUUAUAUUCCUCACUGAUAAUUGUAUUGAUACAGAGUUAUAAAAUGCGAUAUAGAAUACUAAAGUAAUGAAGCAUAUAAAGCACAAUAUACAAUAUAAGUACAAAAGCUUACGUAUCUUUUUAAAUGGUCUUUUUUAUAAUGAUAUUUAGUUUAUUGUUUCAGUAGGGACCUUUGUCUUACUGUUAAUGAUUUCAUUUUAAAAAAUAAAUAUUCUAGUAAUUAUUA